GAAAGGAGAGAACUUGUUGAGUGUGUGAACAAGACUUUAGGAGGAGGGCACAGCAAUGGAGGCGGACUUGAAGAAACUGUUGAUGACACUUUCUCUCUCUACAAUCUUCAUGAUUUAUGGUGUGAGUGCUUGGACUGGUGAAAUCCAUGGCAGAGUUGUCUGUGACGUAUGUGGUGAUUCCUCCAUUGGUCCCGAAGAUCACGUCUUAGAAGGUGCUGAGGUAGCUGUUCUUUGCAUCACAAAGUCUGGGGAAGUUCUUAAUUAUCAGGCAUUCACAAAUUCUAAGGGGAUAUACACAGUAGCGGAGACAAUGCCAGAGAGUGACCGUUGGGAUGCUUGCUUGGCAAGACCUAUCAGCAGCUUCGAUGAGCACUGUAUCCAUCUGGGGGAGGGCAGUUCCGGUGUCAAGUUCAGUUACAAUCAUCCAUCAGGUUAUUUUCACACCAUCAGACCUUUUGUCUACAGGCCUGCCAAUGCCCCAGUGUACUGCAUUUAAAUGGUUAUACCUUCUUAUAUAUGCUUCUUUAGCUACCAACCAAAUGAGCUUGUACAUAUUAAGCUUGACCAUGAGGUCUAUGCUUGUGACUAAACUUGUGAUAUCGCGGGCGAUCGUGCUCAGUGUAAAACUUAAUUCUGCCAAGAGUACUAUUCGAUGAUGAAAUGAAUGUGAGAACUUGGUUAAUUUCUGUUA